CUCUUGGGCCGCUGCUUCUUCUUUGCGAGGAGUCGAGAGACAAGCGGCGAGGAUUCUCGUGAUGCAUCAGGCGGAGUAAGAGGGGAACAUUAAAGUGGGUGAAGAGUGAGCUAUUUGCCUCUUUCUCCCUUCUUCGUCGUUUAGAUCCCAAGAUCUGCCCUCAUUUCUUCCAUUUGAUUCAUUCUUUGCAUCGCUGAAUCCCCAUCUUCUCUCUCAUUUGAUUCUUUGUUUUUACGGAAAGUUGGGAUUUUUAUUUUUAUUUUUAAACCUUUCCUGUUCUUCCAUGUCUUCAUCCGCUCGAGCCUUUUAACCUCCCCAGAUCCAGUCGUUCCCGAUCUCUUCCUCUCUUCGAACCGACCAGGCCACCUUCUUGUAUCAGCUUAUCUGCAAAAGUUGCAGUCUUUGGAGCUCCUGGAAGAGACCUGUAGCAAAAUGUCCAACCACGUCGGCGCCUCCGCCUCCAGCAAUCAGAAGAUGCAGUCGUUGGACUCCGUUUCGGAUCAAUUCCGCUCCGCUUUAAGUGUGGAGGCAAACAAACCCGAUUUCAAAGACUUCCCUGUCCUUAGCUCCCAUGCCUCGCAUCACCCAACGCGUCCCACCACCAGCGGCAACACUACCAGCAGCAGCAGUAGCUCCGGCUCCUCCAUUUCGGUCUCAGGGAAGCCCUCUCCACUCGCGGACUCCAAAAAAUACGAUCUUGGCCUCGACGGGAGACGCUCUUACUCCGGUGAGAUCGUCUUAGGGCCCAAUGAUCCCAUUCCUGGCGCCAUGGACAGCAAGAGUUCCAAGCCGGGGCACCGUCGUUCCGGCUCUGUCCCACUUAUCUACGCCGGCGGCAGUUUUUCACCCAGCUUCACCACCGGUUCUGGGUCUGGUAGCAGCUCCUCUGCGAGCUCUCCGAUUACUAAUAUUCUACCGGCAGGGAACAUAUGCCCAUCGGGGAAGAUUGGCAAGACGGUCAUGAUGAGCCGGAGUGCAGUGAGGACUGACACGCUAGGAUCCGGAACUGGGAACUAUGGCCAUGGAAACAUAGUAAGAGGUGGAACCAGCGUUGCAAGCAGCGGGAAGCCAAUUGAAGUGGCCUCUUGCAAUGGCGUUGAUCCUUCAGCGAGAAGGGCGAUGCUCAGCAUUGAUUCGGAGGAGGUAAAAGGCGUGGGCAAUGAACAGUAUAGGAAAGGGAACUUCACGGAGGCUCUGAAACUCUACGACAGGGCAAUCGCGUUGUGCCCGGAUAACGCAGCCUGCCGAAGCAACCGUGCUGCGGCUCUGACAGGCCUCCGGAGGUUUGGUGAGGCAGUAAAGGAGUGCGAAGAGGCAUUGCUUUUGGAUCCAGCAUUUGGGCGUGCUCACCAGAGGCUGGCAUCCUUGCUUAUAAGCUUGGGACAAGUUGAGAAUGCUCGGAAACAUCUUUUGUUGGCCAGCCCACGGCCAGAUCCUGUUGAAUUUAGGAAGUUACAAACAGUGGAGAGGCAUUUGGACAUGUGUGCAGAAGCCCGAAAGGUUCGAGAUUGGAAGAGUGUACUUAAGGAGAGUGAUGCUGCUAUUACUGAAGGAGCAAAUGCUUCUUCAUUGGUCAUGGCUUCAAAAGCCGAAGCACAUCUUCGAAUCCAUCAACUUGAGGAAGCUGAUUUUGUCAUGUCCAAUGCAUUCAAGCUCGAUAACUUAUCCUCACAGUCCCCAAAUACCAAAUUCUUUGGAAUGCUAUCAAAUUCAUACUUGUAUGUCGUCAACGCCCAAGUUGAUAUGGCUCAAGGAAGGUUUGAAAAUGCAGUUACUGCCGCUCAAAAAGCAAGGCAGAUUGAUCCCAGAAAUGUGGAGAUAUAUACUGUAUUGAAAAACACUAGAGCUGUAUCUAGAGCACGAGCAUUAGGCAAUGAACACUUUAACUCAGGAAAGUUUGCAGAAGCACACAUAGCUUAUGGGGAAGGACUCAAGUAUGACUCUGCAAACCCUGUUUUGUACUGCAAUCGAGCUGCUUGCUGGUCCAAACUCGUACAGUGGGAAAAGGCUAUUGAGGAUUGCAACAAAGCUCUCAGCAUUCAAGCCAACUACACCAAAGCCCUUCUUAGGCGUGCGGCCUCAUACACUGAGCUUGAGAGGUGGAGCGAGGCUGUUGCAGAUUAUGAGGCUCUCAGGAAGCAGCUCCCUGGUGAUAUUGAGGUUGCAGAAGCCCUCUUUCAUGCUCAAGUUGCACUAAAAACCUCUCGAGGGGAGGAAGUCUCGAAUAUGAAAUUCGGCGGGGAGGUUGAGGAAAUUAUGGAAUUUGAGCACUUUCAACAAGCCAUAAGUUUGCCUGGAGUGUCUGUUGUGUAUUUCAUGGUGGCACUCAACCACAACUGCAACCAGAUCACCCCAUUUGUGGAUUCUCUGUGCAAAAGAUUUCCAUCUGUGAACUUUCUAAAGGUUGAUGUGAGUGCAAUACCAAUGGUGGCCAAGGUGGAGAACGUGAGGACAUUCCCCACUUUCAAAAUCUACAAGAGCGGGACCAAAGUGAAGGAGAUGAUCUGCCCCAGCCACCAGGUUUUGGAGUACUCCAUAAGGCAGUACAGUUCAUAGCUGAUAAAGCAAAAUGGCGAGUCUCAGAAAGUGCCAACAUCAAUCAAUCAUGUUAGAACAGCAUGCGAGAAAGAAGCAAACAUGAAUAGGCUGCAGCUACCAAGAAUCCAAUCAUUUUGUCUUUUUUUUUCUUUGUCUAUACUGUGCUAUUUCUUCCUCAUCUUCCAUUAUUUUUUUUCUUCUCUCCAUGGUUGCAAUUCAAUAUUUACCGAAACUUUUUUUAGCUUAUAUUUCAUUUUACACUGUACUGAAACUUCCACGAUUUGCGGUUAGCCAGACAUAGAGCGGACUAAAUAGGAGAAAGAACAGAUUCUCAUUAAGA